GCGGCUGGCACUGCUGCGAUUCCGCAUUGGAAACAGGCUAUGGACGAGCUAGACAAGCCAAGGGAUCAGCGUAAGAUUAUGAUUUGCCAGGUGGCCCCUGCAGUUCGCGUGGCAAUUGCCGAGUGCUUCGGCCUCGCUCCUGGCGCCACAACACCUGGCCAGCUAGCAGAGUCUCUUCGACGCCUGGGCUUCGAUCUGGUGUUCGACACACUCUAUGGCGCUGACCUGACGAUCAUGGAGGAGGGGACAGAGCUGAUUCAUCGCCUUCAGGCUCAACUGGAGGCUCACCCGCACAGCGAGGAGCCCCUGCCCAUGUUUACUAGCUGCUGCCCGGGAUGGAUUGCUCUCCUUGAGAAGUCCUACCCGGAGCUUAUUCCGUACGUGUCGUCGUGCAAGAGCCCCCAGAUGAUGCUUGGCGCCAUGGUGAAGACGUACUUGGCCGAGAAGAAGGGCAUCUCGCCCAGUGACAUCAGCAUGGUCUCCAUCAUGCCGUGCGUCCGCAAGCAAGGCGAGGCUGACCGCGACUGGUUUUGCUCGGGCGGCGCGGGAGUCCGUGACGUUGACCACGUGAUCACCACUGCCGAGCUGGGGAACAUCCUCAAGGAGCGCAACAUCAACCUGCCCGAGCUGCCUGAGGGGUACUGGGAUCAGCCCCUGGGAACGGGCUCGGGUGCGGGGGUUAUCUUCGGCACCACGGGCGGUGUCAUGGAGGCAGCCCUGCGCACGGCUUAUGAGUUGGUGACGCAGCAGCCGCUGCCCCGUCUCAAUCUAUCCGAGGUGCGCGGCAUGGACGGAAUCAAGGAAACAGAAAUCAAGAUGGUGCCGCCGCCUGGCUCCAAGUUUGCUGAGCUCGUCGCUGCGCGUGCGGCUGCCAAGGCUAUGGACGAGGCCGCGGCCAGCGCCGGCGCCAUUAAGUGGGAUGGUGGGUCCAACUUCACCGCUGAUGACGGAGCUAACGGCAUUACGCUGCGAGUGGCUGUUGCCAACGGACUGGGGAACGCAAAGAAGCUGCUCACGAAGAUGCAGACUGGCGAGUGCAAGUACGAUUUUGUGGAAAUCAUGGCUUGCCCCUCCGGCUGCGUCGGUGGCGGCGGCCAGCCGCGCAGUACGGAUAAACAGAUUACGGCUAAGCGGCAACAAGCGUUGUACAACCUGGACGAGAGGUCAACCAUCCGCAGGAGUCACGAGAACCCCGCCAUCCAGACGGCCUACAAGGAUUUCCUCGGGGAGCCCAACGGCCCACGGGCCCACGACUUGCUGCACACGCACUACGUUCCCGGUGGUGUCGAGGCCGAGUAG